UGAAUUGAUCUAUACGGUUGAUUUUCAUACUCGGACGGCUCUAUCCCGUGUGUUCGAAUAGAAUACACCAGAGCCCAGCAAAGAUGGGAACAGAUGGUCCUAGUUCUGAAGUUGUGGCUGAGGGAAUGUCUAGCGGAUCACUGUAUACACAAUCCUGUACGGUAUGACGAUGAAUCUGGGGCUUCCCUUUUGUAGUCCAGUGUCGCGCUUCUAUCGCUAUAAUCACCUACUUAUCACUUCUUUCUUACAGCCUUUACAGCACCAGACAACACGUACCACAACUGACCCGAAUUUUUCAAAGACUAGGAUCUUUCAUCCCUCUUUGAAAAGAAAAAAAUGUAAAUCCUCUUCAGAUAUUUUCUCUCUCUCAUUUUUAAAGCCGAAACGAUUUCCGCGCUUUUUCCACAUCGUGUUCUCAACAUUGGGACACUUGAGGUUAUCAAAGUAAUGGCCACGUCUGAGUUGACGCUUUCUGUCACAUUACAGCAAGUCGUUAACCUGUUAAAAGGCUAGAAAACCACAUUUUGUUUUGUUUUUUUUUCUUUCUUUAUUUGCCCCCUUUUAUUUUGUAGACGCCAAUUUCAUUGGUCGCUAAAAGCGGCCACUACACACACACACGUAAAGUCUAUGUGUGUUCAAUCAGCCAUUUGCAGCGAUCGCGAUGAUUAACCUUCGUAGCCAGUCGCCUUUUCUUUUUUUAGCGUCGAGACAUAACGCAACCAAACGGCGUCACAGUCUCCCAGCAAUCGAAGUAAAAAUGGGCUAUAAUACAUAUCGACUCGGCUGGGCUUCUCUUCAAUAGUUGGCUGUGUUGGGUCGACGUCAGACAGGCGGUUAUUCUCCUGCUGCGAGAAGGGGAGGGAAGGAAAAUUUCAACAUCGAAAACAAGUUGCGCGCAUAGCGCAAUUCACUACCCCCCCAUCCAUUCUUUCUGGUUCUCUCGCUUUUUCUUCUUCUUCUUUGCGUGUGUUGUAUAGUAACGAUUUAUCGAUCAGCUGUGUGGGACCCCCGUUGCCUGGGCUGUGUCUUCCCCCUCCGGAAAGAGUGAAAAAAAAAAAAAAUUCGGAGCACUCCCCUCCUCCCACUUUCCUCGUCUGUGCGUCAGGAUUGCUUGCGCAAGCGCCCAUUGAUCCUUCCAACUUUUUUGGUGGUGUCUUGUCUGCGUUGGUCCCAUAGAUGGAGGAGAACCUAGCGGCGCUGCGGCAGCGAUCCGUUCAGUUCGCCACUACACGGUCCGCGCCCGGCCACCCUUUUAUUUCCUAGUCGUUUUAUACUUGGUCCGUCUGUAGCUUGUAACAGAAAAAAAGUUUUAGUUUUUCACGUAGAUUAUCUUAGAAUUUUGCGCGAAAAACGUUUCAAAUUUGACAUUUUUCGUUGGUCAAUUUUUUCGGAAUUCUCUCCUCGUCGUAUCGUUUGAUAGUGUUAGAUUGUAAGUGACUUGUGUUGCUUGCCGUGCAAAGUCAAAAGUGCCCGUUUGUUUCUGAAAUUGGUGCUUUUGCUAAUCAUCGCGGGAACCGGCAUCGAUUCGUGUGUUCCAACAUGCCUACCUAAAUCAGCCCGGACGAGUGGCGACACCUAUACCUCCUUUUACCAUCCGAAAUAAAAUAGGGAGACAAAAUUCUGCAGAACACAUCUGGACAUCUUAGCUGAAAGAAGCCGGAAGCUCGUGGAGGGUGUUGGAACGUGAAUCACUUGCCCUCGGAUACCAUUGGUAGAAAUAAAAAGAGGAAACUGUUGGAAGAAAAAGAAAGAAAAAAAAACAAAACAAGUGACCGGAACAUGUCGCCGGCGCUGGUAAUCACCAUGGCAACGACGCCUUCAACACAAAAUGAAACUGUUUGUGCAGCCAGAUAAUUGGCACAAGUGCCGCUACCGGCGCAGUUGUAGCACUCGAUAGCAAAGGCGGCGAUCUCACUUUCUCUGUGACUGUGUGUUGGUGGUGGUGGUCUCAUCCGCUGGAUCACGUUCAAUCUUAAUGUGCGUGAUCCAUCACUAGGAAAAAAAAAACAAAAGAAAAACAGCUUCGCCAUGCUGAACUUUGCCAGCAAAAUGAUCAACAACCUCAUCGGGGUGCCGGGCGAAGAUGGACAGCCCGGAAGUAACCCGCAACAACAAUCGCAGCAGUCCAUGGGCAUGAGAAAUCCGCAGAUGGGCGGACCGCAGCAACAGCGACCCACGUUCCAGGGCCCUGGACCGCAAGGUCAGCGGCCAGGAUUCCCUGGACAACAAGGACAGCAGAGACCACCAGGACCGCAUCCCGGCGGAGUAGGGCCAGGUUUCACGGGUCCAAGACCUCCCGGCCCUGGAGGUCGUCCGCCUGGACCUGGAAUGGGUCCUGGAGGUCCCGGUGGUCCUGGAAUGGGUCCUGGAGGUCCCGGUGGUCCUGGAAUGGGUCCUGGAGGUCCCGGUGGCCCUGGAAUGGGUCCAGGAGGCCCCGGUGGUCCUGGAAUGGGUCCUCAGCGUUUCGGUGGACCUGGUCCACGAGGAAAUGGACCACGAGGCCCUCCAGGCAGCGGUCCUAGAAUGAUGAUGCAAGGACCUGGUGGUCCUCAACAACCGCGAGGUCCUCCAGGAAUGGGAGGCCCACGAAGUGGUGGUCCUAUGGGUCCCGGCGGUAAUGGCCCAGGCAGAUUCUACCCGCCUAAUCGACCCCCCGGCCAAGGACCGGCUGGACCCCAGGGACAGCUACGGGGUCCCUACCCUGGCAGCAGUCCUCCAGGACAACAGAUGAGGGGUCCCAUGAUGGCCAACAAUGCCGCCGGCCAGCAAGCCAGACCGCCUUUUUUUGGUACUGGCGGGCCGGCCCCUAACCAAGGACCUGGCAUACGCGGACCAGCGGGCACGACAACACGUCCAGGGUUAUUUCAACAAGGGCAGCAACAGCAUCAAAUGAUGCCGGGCCAACAGUCGAUGAUUGGUGGUUCAUCGAUGCAGCAGACCUCGGUCAAUAACACUGGCGUCCCAGGAGGAGUCCUUCCCGAUGUGGACAUGAGCCAUUUAAGUGAAGAGGAAAGGAUGUUGAUCGAAAGCGUCAUGGCCAAGGCACAGAUGGAAGAGCUCGAGCUGGAGCAAAGCGUCGUCAAACCUCCAACCAAUUCAAGGGUGAUGAAAGGACAACUAGCCCGUCAAAUAUCUCAACCGGAUCCUUUGGAACGAGAGAACGAGCUACGCUAUUCGAUCGAUCCAUCGAGUAACAAUAGCACAAGCAACGGCAUCAAUCGGAGAACGUCCAUGUCUGUCACGGACAUGUCCAACUUGGCGGCCAUCAACAACCAACAACAGAGGCUUUGUAGCGUCUGUUGUCGUCGAGACAUUAGCGGACGAGACGGACCGCCCGGCCAGGCUUGUGCAGAGUGCCGUACAGUCGUGUGCACCACUUGCGGUGGAUACGCUGGUUCCUCUUAUGACAAUAAGGUUUCUUUUCCCGAUCAGAACACUGUAUGGUUGUGCCGGACAUGUCUGGAUCGACGCCAAAAUCUCAACUGGUCCCAGCAACCUGGCAUGAUCAAUCAACAAUCAACCACGAUGAAAUCUUCGAUGAUGAACGACGCCAGUGGUCACCUGAUGGGCUCUGCGGGACGCCAACAACAACAGCAGCAGACGAUGCGUGAGUAUAAUCUGACGUCGCCGUCUGAUAUGGCGGACGUUGCGACUCGUUCCGCCUCUUCCUUAAUUACCCCGACCACUUCCUCGCCCGUUACCUAUCACCCGACCGCACCCCCCUUGGCUAAUUCACCCGUGUCGUUGGCUUUGAACCACCAUUCGUCAUCGCCGGCGGUCACACCGUCAGCCACCCAAUCGGCCAGUUCGCCCAAAUCCGAUAGUCGUCAAGAAUGCGUACCGGAUGUCAAUAACCAAUCGGAUUCGUGGUUUAAAUCCGUCUAUCAUCGAGAAGACGAUGAGGGAGAAGACGAAGAAGAGGAGGAAGAAGAAGAAGAAGAAGAAAUGAAAAGGAAAAAUGUAUUGACAAGGUCGCCAGGUGAAGAUGGCGGCCAUCAUUUGAUUAGCCCAGUGUCUUAUACCAGUCACCGGCCGUUCGUCGACGAUAGUCAUAGAUUGCGCUAUCAAGAUAUCGAGGACGAUGAGAUGCACAGUAACGGAAGCGAAGAGAACAAUCAUCAAGGCAAAGAUGCGGAUGACAGUGACAACGAUUCGCUGCUGGAAGAAUUGGCAACGGUGGCCGUCAAAGAAGGUUCCGAUAGCGAUGAGAACCUCAGCGACGUGGAAGAAUUAAAUCACUGUAAAGACGAUGCGGCCAUGAUGGCUGGCAAUUACACGGCGGCCGAUGCGGAAGAAGCGGAUUCGUCUUCCGCUUCUUCCCCUCGCUCCGCCACCACGUCGCCCUCGUCCGGUUCACCGCCCACCGCCAACAUAACGGCCGCGCUCCAGCACGUCUACGAGCACAACCCGGGCGAGGUCUACCCCAUCGCCGAGGAGGAAGAGGAGGCGGCUUCGCCAACCGCUUCCGACGGAGUCACCAGCCUCAGAUGCAGAGCUCGUUUGAAUUCAGGAUCGGGAAUCGAAGGAUCUGCCGUGGGCAUGUUCAACGAUCAAAUGACGACAGCCAACGCCCAGAUGAGGAUCGGCUCACCGACCAAUCCGCUUUACAAUCGAUCUGCCGCCUCUUCGUCCGUCGCUGCCAAUCAAACGAUUACGUCGAUAGCUGGCGGUUUACGCGGGGUCGAUCCAUCGACGACGUCGUCCUCAUUACCUUCGUCCAAUUCCGCAUCGAAUUUGAUGAGCCAUUUUGGAUCGUCGGCCAUCCGAUUCCGAUCAGCCAACCAGCCGAGCGACGUUGCCACUACAUCGACCAACAGUUUUAAAGACGAAAGGAUGCCUACAUCGCCUCCGGCUACCGGCAUGAUGGCCGCAACAGCCAGUGGCAAUCACCUCGUGCAGCAACACCAGCAGAUCCAACAGCAGCAGUACAACAAUGAAAUGCUGCACGAUCCGUCGAUUCAUCAACAACAACAACAACAAUCGGGUGGCAAACCGGCCGGUACCAUCACCGGCAUGUUGGCCGAUUUCAGCCGAGCUUUAGGUUUGGGAAGCAAUGCCACCAGAUCUUCUGACCAGGCAUUUGGCCAGUUGAACGAUAGCAAUCACCAAUUGCAGCAGCAGAAUGCGGCCAAAAUGAACGCGACACAAAGUCAGCAGCAAUUGCAGAUGCAACAGCAAAUGAUUCAAUCUGGAAUGAAUCCACAACAACAACAACAACAAGGACAAGGGCAAAAUAUUUAUUUCUCAGCCGAUGGCUCUGGUAAUGUUAUGGUCAAUCAAAGCGUCAAUCCUUUCACGGGCCAACAACAACUACAAGGCCAGCAACAAACGAUGCAAUCGCUGCAAACACAAGCCGGCCUCCCUGGCCAGCAAUUGCAGACGAGCAGUUACAAUGCGGUUUUCGCCAAUAACGCUCUAUCGCAAAUGGAUCAGCAACAGCAAAUGGUUCUACAACAGCAGCAUCAACAACUUCAAUUGCAACAGCAACUUGGCCAGCAUGUCGGCAAUAAUGCAAUAAUGGCGAAUGAAAACGCAGCCGGCCCGUUAUUCCAACAGAAUAAACAGUUGACCCAAAUCAAUUCCAUAUCAUCGAACCCCGUACAACAGCAGCAACAACAAGCUUACGGUCUAGUGAGCACGACUGCCACUAACAAUUACGUCCAGCAAGUGGCCCAGCAAUUUGAGCAGAGUGGAGUGGCUGCUGUUAUUGCAUCUCAACAACCUAUAAAUCAGCUGACUGGCAUGGAACAACAUAAUCUAUUCGCCAAUCAGCCACAAUCGUCUGCUUUCCAAAUGCCUGGGGCGAUUCCGACUGUCGGAAUGGACCAGCAACUUCACAGGCCGCUAGCCCAGCAGCAGACGGCACUCGUUCAACAACAACAACAGUUGUUGGCGAGUAACCCGCAAAGUCACAUGAUGAACGAUCCAGCCAAUCGAAUGGCCAUGUUCAAUCAACAGACGCAGCAACUUCAAUCGACGACGGCGGCUCUUGCGGCCGGACAAGCGCAGCAACAACAACAAUCGAUCCAGCAGCAGCAAAUGAUGCAGCAGGCUGCAGUGCAGCUCCAGCAGCAGCAAUCCAUCAUCCAGCAACAACAGCAACAGCUUUUAAUGAUGAACAACACGACCAAUCAGGACUUCAUGCAAAUGCAGCAUCAAGCCCAGCAUUCCAAGAAAAUGCGGAAGCUCGGAACGGCCCAGAAUGCCGCACUGGAGCUGCAACAACAACAAUUUAUGGCUGCCAACAAGAUGACUCCGCAGGCAAUCCGGAAGAACAUGCUAGCCCAGCAACAACAACAACAAGCUCCAUCAGCUUCUCUGCUGCACCAAUCUUCUAUAGUUCCGGAUCCGAAUAAGAUGAGCCACGGGAUGGCAGACCUUUACGGAAGUAGUUCCACGCUGAGAUCCGCCGAUUUACUGCACAAGAGCAGAAUCCGUUUGAUCGAUGGGCGUCCGUACAGUCCAACCGGAUCGCCAGAAAUCGAUAUGUUGGGUAUGCGGCCAGGACCGGCUGCUCAUUCGUUCAUGAUCGGCGGUAGUGGCGGAACGCCGAUUACAACGCCUAUGGGCACACCGGCUGGAACACCUCGAGGAGGAGCCCACAGCCGAGACAGUCGUGAUCUCCUGGCCUGCGACUCACCCGACACGCUCAGCGAAACCGAUUCGCAGGCCUCACUCCGCCUCCGACGCAAACUGCCAUUACUUCCACCCGACCAGGAAGCCGCCCUCCUCCCAUCCGUUCAGAAGAAGAAGAUGGAGCUGGCAAAGACUCAACAACAGCAACAGCAGCAGUUAGUCAGCGUCCAGGAGCGCAUCAAGGCCUACAGCAAUUUGCGCCAGGGAUCGCUGACGGAGGCCAACGCGUCCAGCACAGCCGAUCGCGGCUACGGUGGCGCCACGUCUUUCAGCGGAUUGACGCGCCCCACAUCCGAGACUAAUCUACGGCAAUUAGCGUACGGCGAAUCGAUGGCCUCGUCGCUAGCCGCCCGGCCAGGCUCGGCUUUGGGUCUUUUACAGGGUUCCAGUAUCGUCAACGCCAACGGAUUGCGAUCGACGCUGAACACCAAUUUGACGGGGAAUGUGGGCGCUGUUGCCCGAUCCAAUCCGUCCAUCAGCGUCAAAUCCGAGGACCAGACCCUACGCGAAAGUCUCGCCGCUAUCCUUCCGCCGGAUUUGCGGCACUUGGUCGGAGCGCCCAGCACGAGCCUAGUGACUACAUCAUCGACAACCAACGACUCGACCACCAUCCUCAGCGUUGGUGGAUACCGCACGGCCGCCCUAGAAGACUUGCGCGGAUCACCGCUGACUCGACGGCGAGCUUUGGAGGAGGAGCUGCACAGGCUGACUGAAGAUCGGGCCCGUCUCAGAAACCAAACGGACAAGGACCGCGAACGAGAGCUCAGAAUCCGCCGUGAAUUGGAAAAAUUUGCUGCCCUCAGAGACCCCAUGAAAAGAUUCGAUACUCAGAGACGGCCGGGUAGCGCCGCCGCCGGUUUAAUUGGAGCUCAAUCAUCCGGAUCCAGUGUGUCCUCGCGCCUUCGCAAGAGCCGAGGUCAUCGACGACAGUUAUCCGAUCCUAGAGUGUCUUCACUUAUGAGAGAACGGGAAGAAUCAUCUGAUAGAUACUCGACGGCCAGGUCUCAAUCGAUGAGCCGGGCUAAAGCUUACGAAUACGAGUCGAUGGAAGAACUGAACAGCAGCAUGGCUGGUGUUGGCAUGAGCAAUAAAUCCGAUUGGGACCGCCACCGAUCGAUUCCGACUUCUUAUUCCGGCAGUGCCCUCAACCGUCUGCUAACCGAAGACGAUGAUUUCCUUUCACGUAAAUACUCUGCUUCAAAUAGCCGCAGGAGCCAUGCCAGGAGAUCCAGCGAUGGAGGAAUGACGAUGACCGAUUAUCUGAUGGAUCCUUCGUCCUUGGUCGGGUUGGGUGGAUCGUCUCACCAUCAGAGCCAGUCGAGAUCUCGUUACGCCAACGAUCCGCGCAUGUUGACUCGAGGGCUCAGCUACGACAUUGCCGAUCGCGCUGGAAUAAUGCUCGGGGCCGGACAUCACGGCAAUUCGGCCCAUUCCAAGUCGAUCCUGCUGUCUCGCAAGCCUCGCUCUUGGCAUCCGUCGCCUUACGGCAGUGACGAAGAGUUCCUCGACGCCGAAGACGACAUCCUGACGCGCGAGGCUAAGAAACAGCGCAUCAAAGCGGAGAUCGCCAGACGAAGGCAACAGAUCGAACAGAAUUCGCGGCUCCACGACGAACUCCUUCGCCUGUCUCGUUUACGUGAAUGCGGCGAUGUGAGCGGCUAUCAGACGAAUCACGGACUGUCCGGCGGAAAUGGUUCGGGAGGACAGUACGGCGGUGGGAGUAGUAGCGGCAAUGCCGCCCGGCUAGCGGCUGCCGCUAGCAAUUCUUCCGUGUUGAGAUCGAUCAACGACAUCUUGCGGGAAGAUCGCGAAUUUAUUCAUCGAUCCCGCAGCAGUUCGAGCGGCGGCCACUUGUACCAGCCGGACUACGCUGGUGGAAGUCACCAUCACGUUUCUCCGACACGCCGGCCGUACCACAUGUCAUCGGUCCAGCAUCAGUAUGGAUCUCAUUCGAGAGGGGCCAGUCCCGCCCGUGGCGCUGUCAAUUAUUCGGGCGUCCCGACGGAAGAAGAGCGCAGCAUGGAACGAUUGGCGUCCACCUUCCGAACCGAGGACUACACGAGCAGCCUGUACGAGCGGCUGCACGAUUUCUCUCCGCUGGCUAGCGAUCCCGAACUCGGCGGAGGUGUAGGCGACAUGAUGAUGUACAACACGGGCUCCGGUCCGACAGCCAUGCCCUUGUUGCCGGAUAUGCCCAGCCGGUCGCGUAAGUUGCUGGAGGAUUUGGCCUACGCCAGCGCCAGCAACGAUGCGCCCACCAUGCACAUUCAGUCACGAGGAUUUGAUUAUUCACCAGAGUGUGAUGGUGGUGAUCCUUGCUAUUCGGAUCCGGAGGAAAACAACCGCAAUCGAGGCCGUCGUUCGUCUUAUUAUUCAUCCGAGCACAAAGGACCGGGGAAAAGACGCUAUCCAUUUCCCACCAAAAGAAUCUUAUUGACGUGCGACGCGAAAUCCAGCGCCACUACAGACAACGGGUUGGGAAUGCGAGUGGUCGGUGGAUUGGAGAUCCCGGGCAGACACGGUGAGAUCGGAGCUUUCGUCACAGAGAUCUCACCUGGUGGUGUUGUAGACACUCACGGUGAAGUCCAAGAAGGUGAUCAGGUGCUGGAGUGGAACGGUAUUCAAUUGAAAAGCAAAUCGUUCGAAGAAGUUCAGAGUAUCAUCUCCUCCACUCGCGGCGAAGUGGAGAUUGUUAUUUGCGGGGAAAAAGCAAGCGCACAAUACGAUGGAGCUAGAACUGCACAAUCUGCUAGGACUAUGAACGUGAGCGGCCGAGAAGAAGUGGACAUGAACGGUAACAGCAGUCGCCAUCACAUGUCAGGUGAACUCAGUACGGCUUCACCAACUGAGGUCAUUCCUCCUCAGCGACCUGGACCUCAACAGCCAGUCGUCAAAGGAAUCAUUCGCAAUAAAGUCCCGAAACCGGAAGAAUGCUUGGAGGAUCCUGAAGUGCGCAAGCGCAAAUGGACAUUGCCGUUGGGACAAGUUCAGGUCCUGUCUUGCUACGACAGUCGAGCUCAUAUCCUUUACGUGACAAUCAUCCGGGCUCGAAAACUGCAAACUCGACGUCCCAAUGGCGAUGCCCGACCCGAUCCACUUGUUCGCUGCGUACUUCUGCCCGGCCGCAAAGUGGAGAACGAGCGACGGACGCGCUACUUGAGUCUUACCAGCGAUCCAGAGUGGCAUCAAACUAUGGUUUAUCCGGCUGUGCCACCCAGCGAUUUGCCUAAACGUCAGUUGGAAGUGACUGUUUGGCAUCAUCAAUGCGAUGGCCGUCUCGAAUUCCUCGGCGAAUUCCUUCUCGAUCUUGCAAAUCCAGGUACCAUUGACGAACAGCCGCACUGGUAUCCGCUGCAGGACAAUUCCGGUGGAUUGGCCAGUCUACCAAUGGCUCCGGAUCACGGAAACGAGUACAGCAAUGGCAAACCUGCAGGAUCGCAGCAAAGGAGUAGUAUGGCAAGAGCAAGCAUGUCUUCCGGCCUAAUGGAUUCGUCGUCUUCCGGAUGUCAUGGAGCGGCCUGUGCCAUUCUUUAAAAUGUUUUAAAUACGAUCAUCAUCGAGAUCUUUCCACUUAAUCGUUGUUAAUCUUUGUUUGUUGGAGACUUUCAUCGUCUUGUCGUUACGUGUCUCAUGUACACCCCGCGCGAUGUGUAUCAUAUCAUUUCAGUCAACGAAGCAUAUCUGUUUGGCGUCGGCAUCCAUUCUCAACACAUGCAAUCAACUUCGUCAAUCCCUCUAUAUAUAUAUAUGCUCAAUAUCUUUAUUGCUAUAUAUUGCUGUAUUGCGUUAUUCUUCUUCUCCGUAUCUUUGUGGAUGGAUUUUUCUGUCUGUGAUGUUCUGUGUUCCCCAUUCACCGAUUCCAUAAAAUGCACUCUUGUGUACAUACAAAAACGGGCGGCCUCCUUAGUUGUUGGUAUCUUUGUUCUUCUCUAAAAUGUUUCCUUUUUGUAUAAUGUUUGAGCCCAUAUGUGGAAAGCAGCGGUGUUAAUACACUAGCUGAAGCUGUUA